AUGAAUAAAGAAAAUCAAGAUCUUAAUGAUCAAGAUAUAAUGUUUGAUAAUCUCUGCCAUGCAUCCCAGAAGCAAGACAUACACAAAAUUGAAUCAAUCCUCAAAAAUAUGCUUUGCCCACUAAAUAUAUGAUAUAUUCAUUUAAACGCAAAAAAAUUAUAAAUAAAUGAAUAAAUAUAGCAAUUCAUUAUUGAAUUUUAAAGACACGAAACUUGGGCUCACCCCUUUAUCUCAUGCAGUUUUAUGUGGAUCUGUCGAAGCUACUGCUUAUCUUCUCAAGCAAGGAGCAGAUCCGAACAUCGCUAAUAAUUUAGGAGAAACCCCACUUCAUAAUGCUGCAGAUAAUUCAGAAUUCGCAUUAUUAAAGUUGCUGUUAGAUUCCAAUGCAAACCCUAACUUAAAAACGUUUGAAGGAGAAACUCCAUUGCACCAAGCCACUUUUAGAGGGGACUAUAAAAUCGUCCAAAUGCUCUUAAAUAAAGGAGCCAAUCCUAACGAAAUUAAUCCAAUUACCGGUCAAUCACCUUUGCAUAUUGCAUCUGAAAAUUCACAAAUUGAUUGUAUUAGUUUACUGCUUGGCUUUGGGGCAAGCUUGAAAAUAAGGGAUAAAUCAGGAUUUAGUCCUAUAGAAUUAGCGAAAGACAAAACUGUCAUAAAGAUAUUAAAUGAUUAUGCAGCUGAUUACACAUAUGAAGAUGGAGUGGGUCUCUUUAAUAUUACCGAAGUUAGCCCUGCAGAAGAAGAUAAAAGCAACUUAUCAGCCAUUUAUGCCACACCUAGGAUUAAUGAUUAUCCAGUUUCGUUAAUAGUCCCUACAGCUAUAAGGCAAAAGAGAAAUAGCAUCUGUGCUUCUGAGCAUGCGUCUCCACAGAACUCAUUUGUAGAAAAGACUCACCACCGUUAUAAAUCCCAUACGACAGUUUCCACCUUAUCAUUAGUUGAUAAUUCAGAAUAUUGCGAAAAGAUUGAUUUGUUCCCUAACUUUUCUACUUUAAAAGAGAGCAAAAUGUAUUGGAAAAAUCCUAUUUAUGAUAAUUAGCCAUCAAAAAACUUUUUUAUAUGAAUAUAAAUAUUUUUGUACAUAACUAAUGGCUGCAAUCUAAUUUUUCACAUCUUGAAUACUUAUAAUUCCAAUUAGAUUUUUCUUUUCAAAUUUGAAUUAUUUUAAUAUAAUAUUUAAAAGCAUAGCUCUCGGCCAGACUGUGGAGUAAGGUAAAAUCAACAUCAUUAUUUAGAUUUCUUGAAAGGAUCAGAUUGAGAGAAUAUUUUAUUUUAUUCGAAAGAUCAGGAUUUGAUGACCUUGAUAGCUUAGUUGAGCAGAUGAGAACACCUCUUCCAAUAAGUCAUGAUGUUUUAACAAGAAUUGGCAUUAAAAAACAUGGGCAUAGAGCCAGAAUUCUUAUGAAAUUAGAAAUGAAAGCUGGAAUUCGACCACGAUUUCUGCAUGAGGAAACAUCUUUUACAGAAGCUUAUUCUAAAAGAAAAGAAAUUAGGCGUGCUUAUUCAAUUCCGCAACUCAGACAAAUAAAUACAAAGCUGCUGGAUUGGCUUGACAAUUUGAAGCUUGGAGAUUUAUAUUCUUCAUUUGAGAAAAACGGGUAUGAUGAUAUGGAGAUGCUGAUUGCCCAUAUGUACUCAAAUUACCCUAUAACUGAUGAGCUGCUAGAAACUAUUAUUGGGAUAGAGAAGCCUGGAUACAGAUAUAGGAUUUUGGGAAAGCUAGAAGACGAAGUCCAAAAAUUAAAUCGAAAAAUUAUGUUUACUGAAGAAAGGGCAGGAACAUGCAAUUCAGGGUGUAUGCUACUGUAA